GAUCUGGUGAUGCGGAGGCCAGGUCUCCGGCAGGACCCACAGACGGCAAACUGGCUGAGGAGGUCCUCCACCUGCCAGGUGCCCUCUGCCCAGCCCACAGACAGCAACCCCCCGGCCCGCUUCUCGCCUGAGACCCUUUCGCCGACAGACACAGCCCCGCCCCCAUGGCCCGGCCCCUGCCGGUCACAUUCGGUUGCAUCAGCCUGCUCUGCCUGCUGCUCCCAGGCACACUGUCCCGCGGCCUGGGCGGGAGCCAAUGGCCUGCCCCACCUAGGGAGCCUCCAGCCUGGGCCCCUUCCGGUGGCCUGAAGCCGGGACACCCUGCCAUUCAGCCUGUGGUCUGGAAGCUACACCAGGCCCUCCAGCCACAGAGGAGCGCCAACCGAGCCCCCGCCAUGGGUCGCCCUCUCCGGGGUGGCCCCCACCGACACGUGGGCCCCCGCAGGUCCCGAGCCCAGCUCCUGAGGGUGGGCUGUGUGCUGGGCACCUGCCAGGUGCACAACCUCGGCCACCGCCUAUGGCAGCUGGUUGGGUCAGCCGGCCCACGGGACUCAGCCCCCGUGGACCCCAGCAGCCCCCACAGCUAUGGCUGAGAUGGAGCAGGACAGACCUCUGUCUGUCCCGGCCAGGAUGCCACCCCCCAACCCAGUCCCAAAGCUGCACCUGGGCCCCCCUGCCCCCACCCAGCCCCGCGGACUUCCUACAAACACCAAUAACCAGAAUAGUGUGCAGGCCCCCAAGGCUACUCCCGCCCCACCCCACACCCACCUGGUCCUGUAGCAAGCAACCUUGACCGGUUUUGGACGAGGAAGGCCGUGCACAUGUGUCGACCCCAGCAGGUCUGCAGGCAGAGUCUGGACUCAUGAAAGGGGCUUCAGAGGGGAGGGGCAGCCCAAGGAUGUGGGGCAGGAUACCCAGGGCCACGCUGGGCCAGCACAAGGUGGGCCAGUGUGGCCCCUUCCCCGCUGGUCCGGAGUCAUCAGAUUAGGCCCUGGCUUUGGGCACGCGCACUUGGCCUGUCCCAGGUGCCCAGCCUUUCCAUUCCCUGUGCCCUGGAGACUGGGAGGGCAGCAGGAAGGAGGACCCCCUGUGGUCCCCAUCCCCAGAGCCUGAGUGAGAGAGGACAGGCCAUGUCAAAGUGGAGACCUACCCCCCCCCCCGCACCCCCUCCCCCCGCAGCUGGAUAGCAGGGAGCCUGGGAAAAGCCCUAGAGAUUCAGGAACCACACUGGGGCUGAGCAGAUGCCCCUUCCCAUCCCUCUGGGCGGGGUGGGGCUGGGUGGGGCAAGAUCUCCAGCCCAGGUAGGCCCAGUCAGAACCAUUCCACCUCAGGUGGGGUGGGGUAGUCCAACAAGGGUGGGGGCGCCACAGGCUAUACAAUCUCCCCGGCCCCACCCUGCCCUGCUCUGGGAUUUACUGGGGCAAACUGGUGGACAGCAGGAGGCUGGAGCCGGCUUGCCUAGAGUUGGGGAAGGUGGAUUGUCCUUCAAGGCUUAGAACAAGGUCUUCAGCCAGUUCCCGGUGUAGGUCCACCCCGGGUAGGGCCUUUACAUGCUGUGAUACCUGAGACUUUGCUAGUCCCUCAUUACUGACACCCCCAUGCCAUUGGGACAUGACCCAAGGUUCAGAAAGGAAGUUUCCAUUACUUGGCAUACACUCAUAAUGGCACUUACUCUGUCAACAUUUGCCCUCGUCCCCUUCUCAGCCACCCUGUGAGGGGAGUGCUAUCAUUAUCCCGUCUCUAGAAGCAGAAACUGCAGCCACAGAGGUCGGGGAAGUGUCUACUGUCAUCGCAGUGCCCUCCCACAGAACCCCUCAGAUGCCCUGCCCCCCCCCCAUUCCCACCCCUGAGGGUGGGAGCAUUUCCAGGACACCAUUAGGCCCUGUGGAGACAGUUCAGGCUGGUCCCUGCCCGGAAUUGCGGGUGGGAAGCAGAUCAGGGCAGGCUGCCUGGAGGAAGCCUAGGUCUGAGGAUUGCAAGGCUCCCAGGAGAGCCGAGGGUGGAGUCCACAGGAGGCAUGAGAAUGGCCGGGGAAGCCCCCCCACCCCUACUCCCAAAGCAGCUGAGAGAGGCUGGAACCAGCGUAAGUGGGGGUGGAAGAGGCCGGUGGGCCAGGCCUCAGAGCCAUAUGCCUGUGGUCCCUGAAGGGUGUCAUCAGAGCAGGCAGGGGUCGCAGGGCCAGGAAGACUGGGGAGAGAAGAGAAGGGGUCUAGGAGGGUCAAAUUGGGAGAGUUAGGAGCUCCACUUGGCCGAGACCGCCCCGCCCCCGGCCGCCCCAGGCUUCCCAUACUGGGCCUGUGUGUUGUCUGGUCCUCUGUACAAGCUGUUCCUCUGCCAAGGACACCCCCACAUUGCCCCUUCCUCACUGGUCAGAGCUGCCAGACCCCCAGAAUUCCAUGCCCUUGUUGAGGAACUGCGCCAGUUCGGGGUUCAUUUUCCUCGAAGCAGGAUGGACUGUUGACCUCAAAGCAUCCCUGUGCCGGGCCAUGUGGUCGCAGCAUUGCACGUGGCAUCCACCUGGCCCCUGAGCUCCAGGCCAUGUCUGGGCCACCUACAUGAUGCUCCCUGAUGCUAAGCUCACCCGACUCCCGCCAGCCUUCUCCUCUGUCUCCCUCACGCAAAUCCUGUCGGCUGGCCAUUUGCUCCUUUUUCUAGUCCAAGCCGCCACCUGCUUUUGGGGUGAUGGCUCCAGCCACCUCCCUGGACCCUCCCUCCAUUCCUUCAGCAAAUGCUUGCUGAGCAUGUGAGAGAAGCAUUAGUGAAUACCCCCUCCCAACUGACACCAUAGUAGAAGG